AACAAAAUUCGCGAACGUGAAAUGAUAACACAGAUAGUUUUGAAAAUAUUGUGUUUCUUGUGUUAGAAUUAUUCCUCUUACGAUUAAUUAAUUAAUUAAUUGCGAAGAUGUUAAUAUCUCAUUAUUACACCAUCAUUCAGUAUUUCGUUAUGUAACGUUACGUUUUGAUCGCACACUUUUACAAAAUUCUAAUUGAGGGUGAAAUCUUCGCUCAAAAUGAAGUCUUCGUCGUCGUAUUCAAUUUUCCUCCUCUUCGCGGUGAAUAUUUUCAGCCAAGUUGACUCUAGGAUUCAUAGGUUAACCAUCGAAGAUGAUGCCAGAAGUACCAUAAGAUUAACGAAUUUUGGAUUUUACAAGCAAGGAUAUCUAUACAUAUCGUUGCGUAAGUUCUCUUUUGCGUCCUUGGCCGAAGACAACAACAAAUCACCCGUAAAAGAUGUUCUGUUCGGAUUCACUCUCGAGAAAGUCCAGAACGAUGCUGUUGAUCCUCGUUUGGAAGUUCACAGAGAAGAAUGUCUCUUGAAAGAUGCCGAUACAGCGAUGAGAAAUAACGAAAAAGUUGUGUUUUUUACGAUGGAUCGUGAAAAUCUACGCUUGAAUAUAAAUUGUAGCGCUCAAUCUGAUGUUGGAAAAAUUACCAUUUACGAAAAACGAGAGCAGCUUCCGAUCACUUCGAUUAAAAAUGGAAAAAAAUAUGGAAAUAGUAACGAUAAAAACCUUCGAACGUCAUCUUGUGUCAAUUUCAGUCUACCCAUUGAACUGGACGAUUGUUCUGGAACCAAAUGUUAUAAAACUCAGUUCGUUGUGUAUAUUCCUACCGAAAAAGAAGAAGGUUUAUACGAAUUAUUCUUCCAUAACUGCGCUAAUUACAAAAACACCUUAAUUUCUACUUCGUUUCAAAUGUAUAUCGAAGAAUACAACGUCGAUAAUUACCUAUCAGCGGGUGAAAUGCCUUUACCAGCUUUAUACUUCAUGAUGUCCAUCAUAUUCUUCCUAUCAGCUGUAUUCUGGGUUUAUAUCCUCGUAACGAGCAGGCACCCGGUAUUCAAAAUACAUCACUUGAUGGCUACUCUGGUCUUGCUGAAAUCUCUCGGAUUAUUGUUCCACAGCAUUAAUUAUUAUUACAUCGAAACUCAAGGCGAACACGUGGUUACUUGGGCUGUCCUAUACUACGUUACUCAUCUUCUCCGAGGAUCCGUAUUAUUCAUAACAAUAAUAAUAAUCGGUACAGGAUGGACGUUCAUUAAACAUAUUUUAUCGCCGAAAGAUAAGAAAAUUUUCAUGAUUGUGAUUCCUCUACAAGUUUUCGCCAAUAUCGCCGAAAUUAUAUUAGAAGAAUCGGAGGAAGGAGAUGCUACCCAUGAAACGUGGCGUUAUAUUUUCACAUUCGUUGAUUUAAUAUGUUGUUUUAUUAUUCUAUUCCCGAUAGUGUGGUCUAUAAAACAUCUCGAAGAUGCAUCUCAUACCGAUGGAAAAGCUGCUAUGAAUUUGGAAAAAUUAAAGCUCUUCCGUCAUUUCUACAUUAUGAUCGUGUGCUAUAUUUAUUUCACUCGAAUGAUCGUGUAUUUAUUGAGACAAACUGUCGAGUUUCGAUACCUCUGGUUGGAUGAAAUGUUCAGAGAAUUGGCUACGUUCGUGUUUUUCGUCGUAACAGGGUAUAAAUUCAGACCAGCUUCGGCGAAUCCCUAUUUUCAACAUAACGAAGACGAUGAUACUGAUAUGGAUAUAAUCGUGAGUCAAUGUGGAUUCACCGAAGGUCUCACCAAAUUGAACAGAAUAAGCAACGAAGCCGGUGAACACGAUAAAGACACUUUAUUAAUUUAUAAACGAGAGAGUAGUUACGAUUACGAUUAAAAAUACGCAGUUACCUAUCUUCUGUGUGAAUAUUCGUCUUUUAGUACGAAAUUCAAAUUGACUUUGGUAAUAAUUUUAGUAAAGUUGGGUUAUUGAGAAGGAUAUUACGCGUUGUAAAUUUUUAUUAUACGAGUAAUUUUGUCGCAAUACUUUCCCAAGCUUGACUCGCUUAUCUACCUAUAUUAUCACUUAUCAGGUACCCAGUAUUUUAUCAACGUUCUCGGUGUAACGACCUGAUCUCGCUUAUAUUUUUUUAACCUAGGUACUCGAACGCGCAAUUUUUUAAAAAUAUUUUUAAACUCAGUAAUUAUUGUAAUUUUUCCUUCUUCCUUCACCAAGCAAUGUUAAACUCGAUUUUUUUUUUUAUUCGCUACAUAUCGUUAACUUUCGCUGAAAUAUCUGUAUCUUGUGUGAUGAUAAUUGUGAUAUAAUUAUUUGAUACUUUUUUUUUUUUUUUAAAUAAUAAUUAUUUAUUAUAAUUUCCUACUUUGUAUAAUCAUUUUUUAUCAUUGUUGUUGUAUUAUAAUUUGAUCAUUUUCUUCUUAUAUCUUGUUCGUUUAUCUUUUUUGAGCUACCUAUUCUUGCCUGAACAAUUCGCUUCGUUUUCUCCUUCCAAUCUAACGAUCUGCAAAUCAAUUUGCACUCGAGUACUAUUCGAUAUCCAGUAGGCAAAUUAUACCUAUACGAAGCACCCUGUAGUUUUUUUCAAGUCGAAAGAUUUUUUUUGAGAAUUGUUGUAUGGUGAAUUUUGAAACAAAAUGAGAGAAGAUGAUGUUGUUUUAAACGUGUAUUUUUAUGUACCAUUAUUUUAAAAUCGAUCGUUUGACGAUAAUUUGUAUACUUUGUGAAUUAUUAUUAAGUAUGUAGCCUUUUGUAUAUUUUAAACAAUAUUUUCUCGAUGUGUGUAAUUUAUUUACUGUAAAAUUCAACGAUGGACGUAUUUUAUUCUAAGCUGAUUACCAUUUAGAAUUUUUUUUUUCAAACAAUAGCAACAGUAAGCUUUAUGUGAUUGAUUUACUUAUAUGUGACCCGCUCUGACAAAACCGACCGUUUCGACAAAAAAAAGUGUCCAAAAUAAUGAUGUUUAAAAUGAGUUUUAAGGGUUAAAAGAUCAGAUUUUUGAGAAAAAAACAUUUUUUGAAAUUUUGUCGAAAUGGUCGGUUUUGUCAGAGCGGGUCACAUAUAUUGUUUGAUUAAUUAUAAUUUUCUUGUUAUUUGUACCUAUUUUAUUUUACUAAUCUUCAUUUUUUUGUUUUUUUUUUUCAACGUCGAUGUUUCGAUUAUUAAAAUAAUAUUGGCUUUUGUUUACAUGACCUGUGUAAAAUGAAGACUUUGUAAUCACAAAAUCAUGACAAAAUGAUGAUAGAGAAAUACCGAUAAAAUAAAUUUGAAUUUUUUUAAAA